AUGUCUAAUUCUAUCGUCAAAUUAUUGGCGUUAGAUAAACUAUCCAACUUAUUUAAUAUGAUCAAGCAGAAUGGUGGUAUUAGAGGAUCAUUGUACAAACUUUACAGGCAAGAAGAAUUGAAAGACGGUGUUUUAGUUGGUGAAGAUGAAUUAGGCAACAAGUACUACGAGAAUCCUCGUUACUUCUAUGGCAGGAAUCGUUGGGUGGAAUACAAUGAUAAAGCUUACUUGGACUACGAUGGAAGCCAAGUUACCGCUGAGUGGUACGGCUGGCUUCAUUACAAAACUGAUCUUCCACCCCAUAAGGAUCCCAGCCGUCCCAAAUACAAAUGGAUGGCCGAGUUCACUGAAAAUAUGUCUGGAACCACCGGCCAAUAUGUACCAUACAGUACAACUCGCGAGAAAAUUGAACCAUGGGUACCAAAACAGAAAAGCAGCGCCUAA